AUGGCUCCCAAGUUUUACAGGCCUAUUGAUUUUGUUGGUGAGUCCGUCGUUCCACCCGAAAACGGUUCCGUGCUUUCAUCUGAUGCCAAAGAAGCCGCACCAUCGCACGAUGGGAAGGGAUCUCUUAGCCAACGUGCAACAGAAAUUAUUGGCGACAACCAACUACUGGAUGGAAUUUCUGUGAGAUCUCCAGUAUAUCUGACAAGCUGGUUCAGUCUAUGGCGAACAAGUUUGGCUAAUACCGUCAGUGAUGUGCGUUCCACGAUAGAUGAAAAGUCCAGCAAAUAUUACCACCACGAAAAGAGACUCACCACAACCGUCGCAAAUCUGCACUCCGAUCCCAGAGAAGAGUUGUUGCCCGGUUUUACAUACACCCUGGUGGCAGCCAUGUCUGGUUCAGUGCUUACCAGAAACAAGAACGUAUUGGCAAGAAUCACGGCACCAUUGGUGCUUGGAACUCUCUGUCACUCGUACGUCCUCCCUACAACCGCAUCCAACACUUUCAGCCUGCUGUAUGACCUGGAAAAGAAAUCUUUCCCAUCCGUUGCUAGUCAUCAACUUGCCUUGUAUAAUAAGUGUCAAUACGGACUGCAGAAGACCAUUACUUUUACAGAAAACACUGCCAAGACGGUAUCGGGAACUGUUGGCAAAGCCACUCACUUGGUGAAGGAAUGGACCGGCCUUAAUGUAUAA